CAACUCAUCCAAUCCGAAUCCGACAAUCCAACGUUUGUCUAAACAAAAAUACAAUUUUUUACCUCUGAAUUUUUUUUUUCAGAUUUUGCCAAUUUGCCACAAUAAAUCAAAAGCAAAAAUGUGAUUACUAAAUAAUGUUAGAUAAUUAUUUUUGAACAAACUAUAUAAUUUUAAGAAUGGGUAUAGAUUUUGACAUUUUAGAGCAUUGUAAGAAGGUCAGAACUGAUCAUGGUCCCCCUUAUACUUGUCCAGUUGAAAAGUGCGGUAGAACUUACAAAUCUGUUUGUGGUUUAUCAUAUCAUUUAAAAAGCUUUGAUCACGAUAACCCCAGUCCUAUAAUGCCUGUACAAGGAACUCCCAAACACAAAAAAGGUAACAGACAAAAAUCCAAAUCCAAGAUUACACAAACUCCACAAACUGCUGCUCCAGAACCCCUAACUUUUGAAGAAGCACAGAAAAUGGUACAGUUUGAAGUAAAUGGAGUAGCUUGCAGAUGGAAUAUAAAUGAUGAAUUAGAGGUAAUGUCCAAGGAAGAUUUUCUGGAAGAUGAAACACUGGUAAAUGAAGUUAGCAUUGAAGAACCAAGAAUUAAAUUGCCAGAAGCAGAAUUUAAGGAGCUUGAAGAUUAUAACAUCUGUGAUGCUCCACCCAGACCAAUUGGAUACAUCAGGUUUAUUGAAAAAAGUACUGAAGAGUUAGAUGGAGAGGUGGAAUAUGAUGUAGAUGAAGAGGAUACAGCGUGGCUAAGUAUUAUGAAUGAAAGAAGAGAAGCACAAGGACUCGCUCCAGUCUCUAUUGAUUCCUUAGAAUUGCUGAUGGAUCGAUUAGAAAAGGAGUCUUAUUUUCAGGCUUCCGUUAAUGGUCAUUCAGGAGCUGUGGUUGAUGAUGAUGCAGUAUGUUGUAUUUGCAUGGAUGGAGAAUGCCAAAAUACAAAUGUCAUUCUGUUUUGUGAUAUGUGUAAUUUAGCUGUACAUCAAGAUUGUUACGGAGUUCCUUAUAUUCCAGAGGGCCAGUGGUUAUGUCGACGAUGUCUUCAGAGUCCGAGCAGGGCUGUAGAUUGUGUUCUAUGUCCGAAUAAAGGUGGAGCAUUUAAACAAACAGAUCACGCUAGUUGGGCUCAUGUAGUGUGUGCCUUGUGGAUUCCGGAAGUCAGAUUUGCUAAUACAGUAUUUUUAGAACCAAUAGAUUCUAUUGAAACGAUUCCCAUUGCGAGAUGGAAGCUUUCCUGCUACAUUUGCAAGCAGAAAGGUGUAGGAGCUUGUAUUCAGUGCCAUAAAACUAGCUGCUAUUCUGCUUUUCAUGUGACAUGCGCUCAACAAGCAGGUCUGUACAUGAAUAUGGACACUGUCAAAGAUGGAAAUGAGUCGCAGCCAGUUUUAGUACAAAAAAUCGCUUAUUGUGACACACAUGCUCCUGCUGAUAAUGGUGAUUCAAAGAAAGAUGACUCCCGUAAAAAGAUGAUCCAGGCUCGUAAAAUGCUCGCAAAGAAACGAACUUCUGCUCCAGUAAUUCUUAUUCCAACUAUUCCACCGGAAAGAAUUCAAGAAAUCGGUUCUUUAGUAACUAUCGCCAAAAAAUCUCAGUUUAUCCAACGCUUAAUAGCGUAUUGGACGUUAAAACGACAAUUCCGUAACGGUGUACCGCUUUUAAGGCGGUUGCAAAGCGCUCAGGGUGGCACACCUCGAGAUUCGAAUACAAGUAAUGUGGAUACGUUGGAGCUAUGUAGACAGUUGAAAUAUUGGCAGUGUCUACGACAAGAUCUCGAAAGGGCUAGAUUGCUUUGCGAGUUAGUUAGAAAAAGAGAAAAGAUUAAACUAGAAUACGUUAAAGUAUCUGAGAGAGUCAUGCGAAUUAAACUAAAACCUUUAGAAGCUAGUUUAAAAAAUGUUUUGGAUUCCAUACAUGCAAAGGAUACUAACGAAAUUUUUACUGAACCAGUAGAUCUUGAAGAGGUACCAGAUUAUUUAACAGUCGUAACAGAUCCAAUGGACUUAAGUACAAUGAGGAAAAAGUUAGAUGCUGGGGAAUAUCCAGACUUAUGUGCUAUGGAAAAAGAUUUCGAUCUCAUGAUUGCUAACUGUUUAGCAUAUAAUAAUAAGGAUACCGUUUUUUACAGAGCUGCCAUUAAAAUGAGAGAUCAGUGUGGACUAAUAUUCCGACAAGCUAAAAAAGAGUUGGAAACAGCAGGCCUUUUGCCAACUGUGAAAGAAUCUAAACAAAAACCUGGAGUAGGGCAGAUUGAAGAAUCUAUGGCUUCGGAUAUUGAUAAAGAGCUUGAAAAUUUACAGGGAAAAACAGGUCCUGAUGUUCUAACGAAACUGGAGGAUCUACUUGUAAAAAGCCAAGCUUUAAAGCAUGGACUAGCUAGAGCAAAAAGGGUUAAGUUGGUAAGAAGUGAAAUAAAUAGGGCUAAAAAGAGUUUAGCGUCUCAAACAGAUACCGAUCAAACUUCUACUCAAUCUGAUGUUGAUGUUGAGAAUACGACAGAAGACCCUAAAAAUAGCUCAACCAAUGCUUCCCCGUCUGGUGUUAAUAGGCGAACAGCAGUUUUGUUUACCAAAAAAGCACAAGCCGCUUUAAAAAAGGAGGAUAAAGAUAAAGAUGACAAAGAGGAAAAUGCAAAUGUACCUGUUAAGCAGAAGAAGAAAGGAAAAUCUGGUUCUACACCUUCAAAAGAUGCGAAAGACAAAGAAAAUAAAGAUAAUGUUCCAGACAGCUUUAAAGUUUAUCGCGCUGGCACCCAAACAACCGAUGAGGAUAACAGCGAUAGUGACAACAGUUUAUCUACUUGCUACUCCCAUAGUUUUUCUGAUAUCGCUUCAGAGGAUGAUAGCGAUUGUUCUGACAGUACUGCACAUUCUGCAACGGAAGGACAAAACAUAGAAAAAGAACUGAAACCUAUGCAGUUGGUUUGGGCCAAAUGUAGGGGGUAUCCGUGGUAUCCAGCUUUGAUUAUUGAUCCUGAAAUACCAAAAGGAUAUAUUUACAAAAGCGUUCCCAUUCCAUCUCCGCCACAAGAGGUAUUGGAUUUGGCUAAAAAUCACACAGAGCGUGUAUAUUUAAUACUAUUUUUUGAUGUCAAAAGGACAUGGCAAUGGCUUCCCGUUGAAAAGUUAGAGCUUCUUGGAUUGGAUACAGAGAAAGAUGAAUCAAAGGUUAACGAAUCUAAAAAACCAACCGACAGGAAAGCUGUAAAGAAGGCAUAUGAAAAUGCACAAAACUACCAAGCGCAGAUUGCAGACCACGAAGCUACUGGUGAAGCUACUUAACUUUUAUAAUAAUUAUAAAUUAUUGUAGAAUACUAAUAAAAGUAUGUUUUACGACUUUUUUUAAA